GCUACUUUAGCAAUUGCCAAGAGGUACCUAGUAAAGCUAGUUAAGAAGACGAAUUUCUACUACCCUUUAAGCGUGGCUAACCUAAUUUGCAUGUUUGUAACUAGAGCUGGUCAUCAUCCUCGCAUACUGCUAACUAUAUAUACUAUUAAUCGAGCUCUUCCAGAAAGACUCUAA